AUGGGUCUUCGCGUCUGGGCUGAGGGACAGGAGUUUGGCAAUGCAUGCGCUGCAGCAUACGGGGCAGAUGUUGCGAAAUGGCGAACGCUGUCAGGCGUGCCAACUGAGUAUUCUCCAAGAGGUCACAGACCCGACUGGUACUGGGAGUCCGACUCCGACAGAGUUGCGAAGCUGCAACUGGAUGACGUGGGUUAUGGGGAUUCCUGGCUUGAGGUGUUGUUCGGACAGGCACAAGAGGGAAUGAUUGGAUGCUCCGUCCACGGUGGCCGAUAUUGGGAGGCUACAGUCGACCUGCCGAAGCUCCUGCUGCUGCUGCCAUCUUCUAAUCGUUCGGUCUUCUUAGAGAAAGUGGUCGGAAUCACACCACCAACCCUGAAAGAUGCCAUUCUUGCCGGCUUCCUCCCGCCCAGCCUACGGCUGGCCAUGUGUGUGCCCUACGACUGCACAGGAAAAGCGAUCGUCAACAGGAUUUUCCCAGAGUUUGAGGCAGAGAAACUAUUUGGAGCGGAGGUGGCCGGUUUGCUGAACGAUGCCAUUUCGGCUGAUGUUGUGGUGGUCGAAGAGCUGCUGAACUGGCCAUCCUUGCAGCUGGACUUUGCAAUCGCGGGCCUGGACAACUGCGGCACGACAUCUUUACACAGAAACCUCAAUCAGCAUCCGGAGAUUGCGUUCUCAACCACCUCUGAAGACUUCUUCUUCACAACUGAGGUCGUUCACCGACUUUUGCCGCUCAAGUCGCAGGUCCAGGAAUUCAACCGCCGAAUGGAAAUGGCCAAAGACAAGAAGUUGCAGGAGACAGGUAUUCGACCGCAUCUCGCUGGCAUUUGUUCCCCGACUCUCUUUGCGUACGGCUUGGCGAGGAUGGGCCUUGCACUGGUAGGUGAGGCCAAGGUAGUCAUGAGCGUUUGCGACCCGCUUGGGCGCCUGGAGCGCCAUUUUAUGGAGUACAGGUACUGCCACAACCACAACGACACCUUGGGCCUGGAAGUGGCCAAGCAGCAGUUGCUUGCGUCACCGAUAAGCACUCGGGAAGGCUGCUUCUCGAGUGCCUCCGCCCUAUGGGAGGAACGCCAAACUGAUGCGAUGCGUCGGCUUUGGGACGCCACUGCCACAUCGCAGCACCUGGGUUCCAUGAUGGCCCUGUUCUUUGGCCGCCUUCUACCUAUGCAUCGAGAGUUCCUCCAUGAACCUGACAGAACGUAUUCGAUUGUCGCCGCUUUCCUUGGAGUGAGGUAUACAUACCCCGAAAAGACAGUCUUUGGUCAUUUCAACGCUGUGGGUGGACAUCGCACAGAUCUAUGCAAGAAUAAAUCGCUUGUUCGUCGGUUGCAACGGCAGCUUGAGCCGGAAUACCAGGCUAGCAUACAGUUUCUUCGUCAUGCUGGAAGCCCAGUGCCCGAGAGUCUUAGCAAGCGCUUGACGCGCUGCAAGUCUGCCGACGUUCUCGAGGUCCGGUGUCCAGGGCGCGAGACUGCUUGCUGA